UUGCAGGCUUAUAUUCAGCAGCUUGAGGCGAGUAGGAUCAAGCUGAUACAAUUAGAACAACAAGUGGAACUAGCCCAAGCUCGCGGAGUUCGUAUUACUGAAAAUGGCAAUGUAGUUGGAGUCGGACAUGGACAUCCUCUUUCCCUGACCAAAAUAACCCCUGAAGGUGCGGCUUUCGACGUGGAGUAUGCAAGGUGGAUAGAGGAGGAACAUCGGAUCAUAUGUCAGCUCCGAAACGCAGUUGAUGAGGUUAUGUUGUCGGAGAAUGAGCUGAAGAGGUAUGUGGAUGCCUGCUUUGCACAUUAUGCUCAGAUGACACAUCUGAACAGUAUGGUAGCCAAAUCCGACGUUCUCCAUCUGGUCUCGGGCAUGUGCUGGACCCCCGUCGAACGCUGCUUUAUUUGGAUCGGCGGUUUCCGUCCCUCCCACCUUCUCAAGGUAAUUAUGAGCCAAUUGGAGCUAUUGACGGAGCAACAAAUGUUGGGUAUGAUUGCACUGCAACAAUCCACACAAGAAGCUGAAGAAGCUCUCUCACAAGGCAUGGAAACUCUUCACCACACAAUCUCUGAUAUCAUAUCUUCGGAUGUACUCUUCUACCCUUCGAAUCUGGCUUCCUGCAUGGCCCAAAUGGCUGCGGCCAUUACCAACCUCUACACUCUCGAGACUUUUGUUCGCCAGGCCGAUAAUUUGAGGAUUCAGACAAUCCAAAGGCUAUAUCAUAUCCUAACAGUGGUUCAAGUGGCGAGGUGCUUUCUGAUAAUUACUGAUUUCUUUCAUCGUCUCCGGACUCUCAGUGCUCUCUGGUUGGGCCGCCCUAGGCAGGACUAGUCAUGUAUCCCCCAGCAAAUCAACUUGGCCAGUUUGGUUGGACAUCUCAGGAUGAUAUAUAUAUGAUGUUUUUUCGAUCUUUUGUUUUUUGUUGUUGUUGAGUGGCCCUUGUAUGAAUAUGGGCAAUAUGUAGAUAUAGAUUUAAUGUAGACAUAUAUAUAAAUGAAAUAAAGUAUUAUGUUUUUACUAAA